AUGUACCAUCAAGUUAAAGUUGAAUGUCAGAAAGAGAUUUACCAGGUUUUAGGUGUGUGGUGGAAAAAUGGUAAUUUAGAAGAUGAAAUAAUGGAAUUUAGAAUGACAGUUCAUCUUUUUGGAGCCACUUCAUAUCCUAGUGUUGCAAACUUUGCAUUAAAGAUGGUAGCAGAUCGUAUGAAAAAGACUUUGGUUUCACAUUGGGACAAAUUUUCCUCAAACAAAAAGGAAGUAAUUUCUGCUAUUAGUCCAGAAGUAAUGUCUGACAACAUUAAAAGUCUUGACUUGACAAAGGAUACACUACCAAUGGAAUGA